CUGCCUCAGCACUACGAGCAGAAUGGCCAAGAGCGACACCGACUCGAUUCUCUUCUUACUACCGUCCGAGAUCCUGGGCGUGGUCAUUGGGCAUGUCGAGGAUGUCGCCGAUCUCAAAGCCUGCGCGAUCGUCUGUCGGGAUAUGCUCCCGCAUGCGCAGAGUAGGUUAUGGCGUAGUGUGACCCUCGGGCAAAAGGCCGAUUUAGAAGCGAUCAUGGAUUUCCUUGACCGUGCCUCAUAUCUCGCCGACUACAUUCGCAGGUUGCGCAUCCUCAAUACCCCCUACUGGUUCAUCGAUGCGACACCGUCUGUCCCUGAGUACCAACGACGGUACAUGGACCCAGUCGAAUGCCCUGACCUGACCCCGUUUCUGUCGCGCCUUCCGGCGCUCGACGAGCUGGCGUUUGAAGACGCCUCCCUAGAGUACAAACCCGACUGGUCUCAUGCACUAUCUCCAACCCAUCUUACACCCUUGACUACCUCCCCUUCCCUCAAGAACGUCAGCGUUCUGACUAUGACAGGGACCGGCUUCGAGUCUUUCGAGGCUUUCUUGGAGUUGGUGUGCAGUCUUCCCCGCCUUCAGGUACUCAACAUGGAGCGUAUCAUAACGUAUUACGAUGACAAAUUCGAGGACGAAAACCCACAGGAUCCACGCUUUUCUCUUACAAAUCUUCAGCAGAUCGUCCACUGCCCGUGGAAAUACGAUCACUUCCAGUUCUCCUGUACCUUAUAUCGGUUUCUGGCCGCCCGCCCGUGUAUCCCUCUGCGACGUCUUGUCGUCCGAAGCAGCCAGAGUUUGCAUUGGAGGACGCUAGGAUCGGUUAUUGAACAGCAUCCUCAGCUAGAACACUUGACGAUCUCUACCAUCAAUCCUUUGCAUCCCCCGGACCCAUUGUCUACUUUCGUAAACCUUGGACGUUGCACGAACCUCCGUUCGCUCGCCCUUUGCCGCUCUGUCAAAGGCUCGUACAUUCGCCCACGCUGCACGACGUGGAUUUCCGAGGUUCUGGCCUCGGUCAACAGCCCUCUUCUCGAAGAGGUGACGAUCACGUUUGAGACUGAUACUUCCUACAUCCACUCGCUGUGCUGGCAGGACAUCGACACCGUUCUUGCGGACUCGGAGAAAUUGCCGCGGCUGAGGAAGGUGACGAUAGUUCCUUACGCGGAAGAUGAAAACCCGGAACAUUACGCGUUCUUCAUCGCUGCUCAGAGGGCACUGUUGCCUCGAUCGUCCGACCGACUCGGAUCAUCGCUGUCAACGACUCCCCAGGAGAACGAUUUCUAG